GGUUUAAGAGGGAACACAGGUCGGGUGGUUUUCUUGGGGUUUUUGUUUUUUGAUCAGACGCUGCCCAAUUUUUUAGGGCAUAUUAUCCACUCGAGUAUUAAGCCUGCUGACAGUGUCGCUAACAUGGGAUGAAAUGUUAGUGUCCGUUUGCAUGGUCUGAUUUGGACGCCGAUGAAACUCAAGGAGGCAGUUAGCAUUUUAUCUAAUGAGUUUUUCUUUCGGUAAUGAUUUUCUGAGAUAUGGUGUUGCAGAAGAAUUUGAACUACAGUUUUAAUGGCUAUCAAGUGCCUGUCAUUCCUAGAGCUUCAAGAACAACUAGGGGGAGGGGUACAGUCAGGAAGAAGAGUGAGGGCAAUCAGAUACAAGCUUUUGAAAUUUUGGCUAGUGUAGCUGGCAACUUUCUGCAGGAGAAUGAAAACUCCAAUGCUGUGGCUGGGAAAGAUCCUGUUGGUUUUGUUGGAAUUAACAUAAAGGAUAAACAAGAGGAAGAAGCAGGGUCUUUUAAGAGUGACCUCUUUGAGCAUGGAUGUUGCGGUGAGAAUGCCUCUGGUUUGGUCUCUAGUUUGCAAGGGAAGCACAACGACCAAAGGGUUGAAGGCUGUUCAUCUUUUCUUGCCAAUCGUCUUGAAGGUCAAGGACAAAAUGUUUUUGAGAAGGAAGCAGAUGGGCCAAUAAAAGAGAAUUGUGUGAAUGAGAAAGUUGUUCAUGUUACUGGCAGCUCUUCUGGAGUGAUAGAACCUGAUCACAGGGCUUCUAAAUGGGAGAGUUCAGAAAAUUCUGUAGAGAAGCCUUCAUUGGAGGGCCUCGUACAUGGUUCUAGUGGUAGGAAGUUAUUUAAUAGAGAUAAUGAUGAAAACUUUGUUAGGUGUACUCAACCAAGCUCUAAGAAUAAGAAUUCUGGCUCCCUGCCAGAUAUGCCUUUUCAAAGGGUGAAUAGUGUUUCUGGAUCCAAAAGUCGUGAUGUAGGCAAAAAAUCAAAGAAAGGGAGUUUGUAUGGAAGUGAUGACAGUACUGGUAGAGAUAAUUAUAUGCUUCAAAGCUCACAGAGGAUGUAUCCUUUUAAGAAGAGGAAGUUCUUCAACCAGACCUCGCCAUCUGCAUCUGAUAGGGGGUCUCAUUGUCAUGGCAUAUUUGAUUCUUCUGACACCAGAGUUGAUGAUGCGAACUGCAGUGCAGCAAUUGGAGCAUCAUCCUCUAUAGCUGGUCCACAAGUACAUGCUGGGUCGAGGGAUUGUAAUGUGAAGCUUAGCAUAAAAUCUUUUAAAGUUCCAGAGCUUUUUAUUGAUAUACCUGAAACUGCAACUAUUGGUUCAUUAAAGAGGACAGUUAUGGAGGCAGUGACAACUAUUUUAGGAGAUGAACUACAUGUAGGUAUUCUUCUUCAGGGAAAGAAGGUCCAAGAUGACAGCAAAACUCUAAUUCAGACUGGGAUUUCGCAAGAUGAUAAACACCAUAGAUUGGGAUUCAUGUUGGAGCCAAGACAUACUAAGAUUUCACCUUCAUAUAACGAAGACCCUUAUUUUCGAACCACUAUUUCGCAUCGGGAUAUAUCCAGGAAACCUACAUCUUUGAUGCUACAACAAAGAACUUAUAAUGUCUCCCAAGAGCAUUCCCUGAUUAAAUUUGAAAGUUGUGGUGGAGGUGACCUAAACGUGGUUCCCUCUCUAGCAGAUACUUCCCCUAACAAUACUGUGUCAAAGUGUCGUGCUCUGGUUGCAGUUCCAGCCAUUAACAUGGAAGCGUUAGCUGUCAUUCCCUUCCGUCGUAAGCCUGGAAACCCUGACUUUGUGCAGCGUCGAAUCAGGAGGCCUUUCUCUGUGUCUGAAGUAGAAGCACUGGUUCAGGCAGUUGAAAAACUUGGAACUGGAAGAUGGCGUGAUGUCAAACAGUGUGCUUUUGACAAUGCGAAGCACAGGACUUAUGUGGAUUUGAAGGAUAAGUGGAAGACAUUAGUGCACACUGCAAGAAUCUCCCCUCAGCAAAGGAGAGGAGAACCUGUUCCUCAGGAGCUUUUGGACAGAGUCUUAGCUGCUCAUGCUUAUUGGUCUCAACAGCAAUGUAAGCAUCAAGUCAAGCCUCUUUGAGCCUUUUCCUCAAUGCUGAAGAACACUGAGCAACACAAAGAUUUUGGAAGACGUUUCAGAUGCUGUAGUUAUGUAAAAGUUUGAUCCUAUGUAAAUUUAAUUUAUAUAAUAUGCUCACAUCACAUGCUUGUGAUCCGCAUAACAGCUAGGCUCCUCCGAGAGCUCAAGAAGGGUUUGGGAAUUUGUAAAUGGUUGGUUGUGCUUGUAAGGUUUCCUUUGUGUUCUCUUCAAUUACUGGGACACUGGCCGGAGGAGACUAGAAUGAUGAAAUUGGUAUAGAAAUUUAGUAUGAUUAUUUUCUUCUCCCUGCAAA